CUGUGUAGUCCCGUGGCGCGAUCGGGUGCGAGUUGUAUCAAUCACACGUGUUCCGCGCGUUAGCAAAGUUCAUAUGGAUCAUACAACGCAAGAACAGCAGCCCUGGGAAUUGAUUUACUGGCCAGGCUUCAAGGGCCGCGGAGAGUACGUCCGACUGGUCUUCGAGGAGGCAGGAGUGCCGUACAUUGAUGUGGGUGUCAAGGAAGGCUUCCAGGCUGUGAUGGAUUUCUGUUGGAAGGGCGGCAACAGCGGCUUUCCGGUUCGCGCGCCGCCGGCCGUCAGGAAGGGCGACUUCGUGCUGUCCAACACCCCGGUCAUCAUGGCCUACCUGGGUCGCGAGUUCGGGCUGAUGCCGAGCGACCCACGGGACGCAGCUCACGUGGAGCAGCUGCUGCAGGUGGUGACAGACGGUGUGGCGGAGGGGCGGCUGGCCUUCCACCCCAAGGACUUCUACGCGAGCCACAAGCAGCAGGUGGCCGAGUCGCAGCCGUACAUCCGGCAGUACGGCGAACAGCGGCUGCCGCGGUACCUGGGCUUCUGGGAGCAGGUGCUGGAGCGCAACCCGUGCCAGGAACAGGGUUUCCUGCUGGGGGACCGCCUGUCGGUUGCGGACCUGGCGGUGUACCAGUACAUGGCGGCGGCGCAGCAGCACUUCCACGCCCACUACGAUGCGGUGGAGGCCCCCAGGGCCAAGGAGCACCAGGCGCGCAUGGCCGCCCGGCCGCGCAUUCGGGACUACCUUGCCAGCGAGCGCUGCCAGCCCUGGGACACCGACAGCAUGAUGUGAUGGGGGGGUGAGAGAGGGAGACCAGGCCGUUUAGUGGAAGGGGGCAGGGCGCGUUUGGGGCGGGUGUAAUCGCAGCUGAUGUGGGAUGUGGCAGCACCCUGCUGGUCCGGGCGUGGCAGGGGGCGCGACAAGGGGCUAUGCCAGUAGGCAAAGCGGGGC